AUGUCAAAUGCCUUUCUUCAUGGUGUGCUUGAAGACGAAGUUUACAUGCUGCAACCUCUAGGGUUUGAAACCUCCGCCAGUUCUGUUUGUAUGCUUCACAAGCUUUGUAUGGACUUAAGCAAGCUCCAAGAGCAUGUGUAUGUAGAUGACAUCUUAAUCACUAGCAGUGAUAUUAAGCAUAUUCAAACUCUAGUCACUCAAAUCCACCAACUGUUUUCUAUGAAAGAACUUCGUUCCAUAUCCUAUUUUCUGGGUAUCUCUGUUGAGUCUACAGUUUCUGGUUUUGUUUUAUCACAACCUACAUAUGCUCAAGACAUUCUUCAUAAAGCUAGAAUGCUGGAUUGUAAACCUUGCUAUUCUCCUAUUGCAGUCAAGCCUACUGUGACUCCUACUUGUGAUCAUUCUUUUGCCAAUCCCACUCUGUAUCGAAGUGUGGUCGGAGCUUUGCAAUACUUGACAAUUACCAGACCUGACUUGUCCUUUGGAGUUAAUCAAUUAUGUCAACAUAUGCAGGACCCUACUAAUGCUCAUUUUUUUGCAGUAAAAAGGGUUCUUCGAUUUGUUAAGGGAACUCUUCAUCAUGGCCUCACAUAA